GGGCCCAGGCCCAGCGGAGGAGGAGGCGGUUACCAUUGAAGCGGACGGCUCGGACGGCGCGCUGUCCGCUUGAGAAACUCCGGAGCCGGGUCCUCGGGAAACGCGGGGCCUGAGGCCGAGGGGCCGGAAACGCCAUCACGGAGUGACUUCCGGUUCCGGGUGAAGGGUCGGGGGCAAGAUGGCGGAUCCGCGGCGGCCCAACAAAGUUCUGAGGUACAAACCACCAGCCAGUGAUAAUAAUCCAACACUGGAGGAUCCAACUCCGGAUUAUAUGAACCUAUUGGGGAUGAUCUUCAGCAUGUGUGGGCUGAUGUUAAAGUUGAAGUGGUGUGCCUGGAUUGCUGUUUAUUGCUCUUUUAUCAGCUUUGCAAACUCCCGCAGUUCUGAAGACACAAAGCAAAUGAUGAGCAGUUUCAUGUUGUCAAUUUCAGCAGUGGUGAUGUCGUACCUGCAAAACCCACAGCCCAUGUCUCCACCAUGGUAAUGGACUGGGCCACCCCCACAUCACCAUGGUAAUGGACUGGGCCACCCCCACAUCACCAUGGUAAUGGACUGGGCCACCCCCACUUUACCAUGGUAAUGGACUGGGCCACCCCCACUUUACCAUGGUAAUGGACUGGGCCACCCCCACAUCACCAUGGUAAUGGACUGGGCCAGCCCCACAUCACCAUGGAAAUGGACUGGGCCAGCCCCACUUCACCAUGGUAAUGGACUGGGCCACCCCCACAUCACCAUGGUAAUGGACUGGUCCACCCCCACAUCACCAUGGUAAUGGACUGGGCCAGCCCCACAUCACCAUGGUAAUGGACUGGGCCAGCCCCACAUCACCAUGGUAAUGGACUGGUCCACCCCCACAUCACCAUGGUAAUGGACUGGGCCAGCCCCACAUCACCAUGGUCUCAGGCCAUGUCAUGACCACACCACCAUGGUCAUGGCCAGGGCCGUGCCCACGUCUCUAUGGUCAUGGCCCUGGGCCAAUGAUCCAGCAACCCCCCGACUGCCCCACCUCUCCCAUAUCAUCAUACCAUGUCAAUGGCUCAGACCCCAUGCUUAGUCUGAUUGUGAUAAUGGCACAGACCUGUAAUCACUUCUCUGUUAUUGCCAUGGUAUUAGCUCAAGAACCUCCCCAUCUUAUAUUACCAUGGCAAUAGGGCGCCCCAUCCCUCCCAGUAAUGGCUGGCACCAUAACUGGUACACGCACUCCCCUCCCACUGUUGCACCUCUUUGUCCCUUGGUAACCUCGCCCUCUGCAGGACUCAACGACAAUCACAGGACUCCUGCUUUGCCCUUCCUGGAUGUUACAAUGAAGAUCAAGGGAAAGCUGUCAUUGCUGAAGAAAUAACUGAAAUUACCUUUGGUUAUUCUGAAAUAUAUCAGCUAUACAAUUUAUUGAAAUUGUGACUAUUGAUUGAAGCAUGUGGAGAAGCCGUGACCAGACCUCUGAGACCUGUCUGUGUAAAGUUUUCUGAUCUGGGGUCUGACCACAAUUGGAAACUGAUUUGCUAUUUUCAACCAGGAUCCUAGCACCAGCUCCCACCAAGUACCAGGUUGUCCCUUAAUAUGUCACUUUUAUACAACUUUGCAAGAACUCUCAUGAGAAUUUGAUUUAACGAGCAACUCAUAACUGAAACUACACACCAGUCUGAAGUAGCAGCAGAAGCAAGUUGUCCAAUUCACUUGGCAAUACUAAUUCAUCUAAAUAAGAUAUUUCACCAGGUCAGUUUCCUAAAAGUCGCUUGAUUCUUGUUGCAUUGUUUUAAGAUUCUUACUUUGUGAGUGUCUCUCUUGGCAACAAAUAGAUGUACAAGAUCUCACCGAAUAAAGAAAAUAAAUAUU